AUGAAAACUCUGUCAAAAAAAAGUAGAACAGAUUAUUUUUAAGCAUUACAUGAGUAAAAUUUCUAGAAAAUAAAUAUUUAUUAAGCAUAUAUAAUGAGCAGUAAACUUUAAGAUCUAAAAAUUUCUUACGAAAAGUAUGUAAAUGAGAAUACUAAAAAGAUGUUCACAUUUGCAAUAGGUUUGAGCAUUGUUGGGCUUAGUGCCUCGCUAUUUUAUUAGAGAUUUAUAUUCCCAAGAAUGUAUCCCCUCUAAUUUGAAUACAAAAAAAUGAAGAGCACAAUUAAUAAAAUAUAAAGCAACUAGAAAAGUAUAAUUUAGCUAAGCAUCAUAAAAAGAAUUAAAAUUUGCAAAGAUGGCAUAGUUUUUAAUUUUAGCGUACUUAAAGAUCUUGAUAAGAAACCACUAGGCUCUUCUCGUGGAUAAACAUCAAAUCCUUUUUUACCUCCAUUUGAAGAUGGGCUUUUUGUUUAAGAGCUUUCUAAAACUCAUACCCUUCUUUUUAAUAAAUAUGCUGUUGUUAAAAAUCAUAUGUUAGUUGUUACAACUUAGUUUGAAUAUCAGAACUCUCUUAUUAAUUAAAACGAUUUUUCUGCUGCUCAUAAGGUUUUAUUAACAUUGAAAGGAUUCUGGUUUUUCAACUCAGGUCCUGAUGCUGGUGCAAGUUAACAACAUAAGCAUAUGUAAGUAAUGCCAUAUGAAGCAAGAGCUGAUACUCCUAUUUUAAAUAUUUUGCAUAAGAGAGCUAGGAAGUAACCAAGUGAAUGCUAAUACUUUUUGUAUGAGCCUUUUCAGUUUAAGCACAUAAUAAAAGUUUUGAGAUAAAUGCAAGAAGAAGAAUCUGUAGAAAGCUAUGGGGAAUACCUCUAAGAGUGUUAUAUAGAUUGCAUGAAAAUACUAAAAAAUUUAGAAUAAACUGGAGAUAGUUAAAAAAUAAAACAGGCCUACAACAUGAUUGUUAUGGAUAACUUUAUGCUAAUAGUAAUUCGAAAAUAAGAAAAAACUGAAUCAUCUCCCUAUAUAGCUAUUAAUGGAAUGGGCUUUACUGGAAGCUUUUUACUUAAAUCUUUCUAAGAAAUUUAAAAGAACGACCAUAUUAAUCCAUUCGAUUUAUUGAAAGAAGUAUGUGUUGAAAUAGAUGAAAAAGAAAAGAUAGCCAUAUAAUCUCAAUAUUUGUUAUAAUAAAUUGAAAAUUAAGAGUGCAACGAAUAAUAAUAAUUAAUUCAUUAAAAAGAGCAUGAGCCUAUUAAAUCAGAAUAAAUUCUUUGA